AUGGCUGUAUCUCCUCGUCGUGUCUCCUCUGUCAGUAUCGGAUUGGAAAACACCUUGGAGAUGACAAAUAUGUUGAUGAAUCGUGACUCUGGUCCUUUCGGCCGUUCUCGUCGACGAAGAGCAAGCCUCACGGCGUUUGUUGGAAAUAUGCAUAGCCCCAAGCCAUCUGACGACAAUAUGAUGUCCAGUUCUUGCCAUGGUACCAGUGCCAGACGAUCAAGUAUGGCAGUCGACACAUCAAAAGCGACCUCCCGCCUUGCGACAAGUGGCAACGCUCUCGAUAUGGAUGCCAGCCUCAGUGGCAUUGGAAACAGGAAGAAGAAAGCGAUCCGAAGGGCCACGUCCUUUCAACAUUCAAGCGUUUCCCUCGACCAUGGUGCAGCUCUCGACAACCACGCCCACCUUGCUGCAUCCGAUGACGAUAUGGAUGAAAAACUUCGAGCAUUAUCAGUUCGAAAAAGUUCCCGUCGUUCUCCUACGAGGAAGAACUCUUCUAGCAGCACUAUUGUGAAGGAGAAGGCAGAAGAUGAACAACGCGGUCAUGAUAGUGAACAUCCAAAUCACUUCCACGACGACAGCUGCGCGAAUGCCUCGGGUAGUUGUCCUCACGAGAGGACGUCUAGCAAGAGCAGCACAAAAAAGGACAAGAAGAGCCGCCGUGGUUCGAAGGGAACACCUGUUGCUACGAACAGUCUCACGAGAGUUCGCCGGGUAGCCUCAAACAAUGAUAUUAUGGAUCAGUCCAGCGAUGGGACAAACCAAGACACCACUUGUCGUCGCUCGAAGAGCGGAUCUAAACUUUCGUCUUCAAGUAGGAAAUCGGGAAAUGAAAACAGCUCGCAAGUCAAUAGGAGCUGGAGCAGCAGCAGCAAGAAAAAAUCUUCAAGUGGAACCAAGGAUCGCUUGAUGUCUCCCAACCGAUCCAGCAGUAGUGGCAGAUCAGGGUUAAAUUUGUCGUCAUCGCGACAUGGCAAGCGUUCUCCUACGGGCAGCAAUGCAAAGGCCACACCCAGGCAGCAACGAAAUUCUGCUGCCACCCGAGCCAAGGCAGCGGCGACGGCGCUCUUGGUGACUAGCCCUGCACUGGAAGAUGAUGAUACCGUUCAAGGAUCGACUUCUGUCGAUGCUGCUAUACACAGUGCACAGUCGCCGCCACCACCGCCAAGACGCCACAAUCCCGCAGAAACAUGGAUCUGUGAGUGUGGCUACGAGCUGAGACUCUGCAUGAAGUUUUGUGGAAUGUGCGCUCGGCCUCAGAAUUGGGUCUGCGGAAAGUGCCAGUUUGGGGAGAACAUUCAAUGUUUUCGCUUUUGUGGUGGCUGUGCUGCGCCCAGAAAAUUGGAAAAGCCACAUCGAUCCCAAUGCGGCAAUAACAGCGAUGCAUCAAAUGGCGAUGUAGACGCCCCGACAUCUCCCAUGUCGGUCGCGGAUCUGGGGGAGGAUUGA